AUGCUAACUGAAAUCGACGACCUGGAAAUCCACGUCCUCGUCAACGACGAACUGGACCCCAUAACACCGAGCAUGAACCCCGCUGUUCAAGUUGCCAGCCAGUUCAUGGCGCCAUGGCGCAACGAUGGAAAUGCGCAUGGGCUGUCUCUCCUUUUAAUCGCAACAAAAGGAGGCAAAAAGCAUACGCUUCUCUUCGACGCCGGACCAGAAGGCGAGGUCUGGGAACGGAAUUCCCGCCGUCUGCGCUCGGAAAUUGGCCAGAUCGAGCAUAUCGUGCUGUCGCACUAUCAUCGCGACCACUCUGGCGGUCUAAUCCGCGCCAUCGAACUAAUCCAGGAGAACAAAGGCCCCAACAAAAAAGUCAUAAUGGAUGUCCACCCCAAUCGUCCGGAUUUCAGAGGCGUCCAGGCUGGCGACAUGGCUAUAUCGCUUGAAUCUGACCCAUCGUUUGCUGAGCUGGAGGCUGCCGGUGCUACUGUGGUCAAGAGUGACCAGCCACAUACAGUGCUCGAUGACUUCUUCAGUAUUUCGGGGGAAGUACCGCGCGAGACGCUGUAUGAAGAUGGUAUCUAUGGCGGAUUGCGGUACGAGAACUCUAGAGGGAAAUGGGAGGAGGAUACGAUGAUCAUGGACGAGCGCUAUGUGAUGUGCAAUCUCAAAGGCAAAGGGUUGGUCGUGUUCACAGGCUGUGGCCACGCCGGGGUUGUCAACACCUGUCGCGACGCCGUAAUAUCAGGCAACGGGGCGCCUUUGUAUAGUGUCGUAGGUGGAUACCACCUAGCAGAUGCAGACGAGGCAAAGCUCGAAUCAACGAUGCAAGACCUGAAGAAAUUUGAUCCAAAGGUCAUGCUAGCGGGGCACUGCACUGGAUGGCGAUUCAAGUGCCAGAUUGCGCGCGAUAUGCCGAAUUGUCUGGUUCCUGCUUUUUCAGGGAGCAAGUAUACAUUAUAA